CACCUUUACCACCACCACAGACCAAAGGGCUGUCCAAUGUGCCACGGCGACGUCGCCCGCCCAUCCAGUGCCCGCCCCACGUCAUAAUCCAGCCCCUCUAACUUGUCCAUUGACCGCCAUCUCUUCGCCCCCGCGACGACGGUGCCUUGAGGGGGCUAUAGCGAUAACAGGAUGCUGAGAACAGUGGCUGGCCGCCUGGCGCGACGGCCUUGGAGAUUUGUCUUGCCCGGCUUGCUAUUCAUCUUCUUCUUUUACUCCCUCCCGCACCACACAGGGUCGCGUACACAGGGGCCCGUACACAAGGCCAAGACUAAGUCGUUUUUUCCGCCUCUGGAGACAAAAGCCGCCAACUCGAUUGAGCUCGACUACUGCAAGAAUUUCCCAACCAAGCUGCUCGAAGAAGUGCAGGUCGUACUCAAGGUGGCCUCGGACGGCGCACACGAAACAAAAGCGCACCUCAACACGGUUUCGAGCUGCAUCACCAACCUGAUCAUAGUCGGCGACAGGGACGAGCGACUAGGCGACCGGCAAGUCAUUGAUAUUUUAGCGGAGCUGCCUAAGAGCUACCAAAAGGAUAACCUCGAUUUUGAGGCUUAUGUCGCGCAGAAGAAGGCACACGAAGGGGGCGAGACAGUCAAGGGACAACAGCGGUCGUUCAAGCUCGACCGUUUCAAGUACCUGCCCAUGGUGGACAAGGCGUACAUCACCAACCCAACCGCAAAGUGGUUUGUCUUUGUCGAGUCAGACGUCUACCUUUUCUGGGAUACGCUAUUCCGGCUGUUAAGCCAGCUGGAUCCCUCUGAGCCUCAUUACAUGGGCGAACCACACAAAGGCUCUGAAGGCCGGCAAUUCGCCUACGGUGGGGCGGGCAUCGUCCUCUCACAGGGACUGGUAAGGAAACUUAUCCCCGCAAAAACUGUUGGAUCGACAGAAAUCCCGCGCGAAAAUCGCCUGAGCGUCCGAUAUGAGAACUGGGUCAAGGAAGAGCAGCGCGGUGACGCUGUGCUAGCCUAUGCCAUCCAAAACGCGACAGGACAUAAGAUAGCGCCCAUGCAUCCCACGUUUGCAAGCGACAAGAUCAAAAAUGUCGUCACUACAAAGGAAAGGUGGUGUGUCCCCAUGCUUUCGCUGCACCAGGUCAAGCCGCAGCAGAUGGAGGAUCUUUGGAAGUGGGAGCGGACCCGACCAUACAACACUAAACCGUUUACCUACUCAUCAUUCCUCUCAUACACACACGCCUUCCUCUCCCAAGGUCCCAGCCGCGAAUGGUGGGACAAUCUCUCGACCGCGCCCGUUCCCAACGACCGCCCUGCGCACUACAACGCUGGUUCUUGUGGUUCCGAAUGCGCCAAUGACAACAAUUGUUUACAAUGGUCAUAUUCGCAGACGGUCUGCCGCCAUGCCGACUACAUCAAGCUCGGAGACGCGGUAAAUCGAGAGAAUGGUGGACAGGGUGAAUUCGUCAGCGGUUGGGAUAGUGCAAAGCUGCGCGCAAUGGGAUUUGGAGUUGAGGGAGAAAACGGACAACGAGAGUUCUACGCAGGGUGUGAGGAAGCUACCUGGCUUACUCCAAAGGCAGGUUAGACUGGACGAGGGAGUAUACUGGGGACAUAGAGUACAUAAUGUUCAGGCCGUGUAUAGGGAGGCGUUUGCGGUUGCUUGUCAGCACGUUCAUGCAUGGCGUUUUAGGUUGGCACACGAUUUGGGUAUGCGAAGCACGGUAAGCAGCGCGUUGGCGGAACACGAUACCGCAUAUGACUGGGACAAAGACGGCAAUUAGGACAUGUUGUUGUGAACGUCGAGAUUGGGGACGCGUAGAUGAGCAUGUAUUGAACACGGCUUGACCACCUGCUCCCCUUGGCGCAAUCUAGAAUCCGCUCUUGUCCGGAUCAUAUCAGAUAGUAGAAGACAAAUGUAGCUCGACUAUAAGCUGGUAUACGCCAGGUAUUACAGCUGCCGCCCACGCUUUGGAGC